CUGUCAUUUUUGUCCUCAAGUUAUGAAGUUAUGUGUUUACUAUUUUCCCUUGUUUGCUAUAAAUAUUGAAUGUUUUAAAGGGUCCUAAUUUUGAAAUAUUCUUUAUUGUAAAAAACAAAACCUUGAAUUCCAUAGUUUAUAGGAUAUUAAGUAACUUUUACUAAUAUCUGGUUCGGUUAAUACGGUUACUCUUUUGUAAGUGUCCAAAAUGCCCCAAUCAGUAGAACAGACCCCGGGGUCUCAGCGCUUGACCAACGAUGACUUCCGUAAGUUGCUUAUGACGCCCCGUUCGGCCCCCGCGAAUGCCCCAGCGGCUCCGGGAUCCAUCAAAGAAGCCAUGCAGAAUAGUUCGAGUAUGCCACCGCCUAAAAUUGAGGACAAGCAUGAAGCAAGGAAGAAAAGAAAAAGCUUUUAUGCAAAAUUAAAAAAACAAGAGGAUACUCGAAUGGCCGAAUUAACUGAGAAAUACAGAGAUAGGGCAAGUGAAAGGCGAAAGGGAGAAAAUCCGGAUUAUCAGGCUGAUGAUCCAGUUUCUACAGCUCAAGCAUACAGGGCUGUUGCACCAGAUUUAAAAUCUGGUUUUGAUGCUGCUGAAAGAAGAAGACAAAUGAUACAAGAGUCUAAGUUCUUGGGUGGUGACAUGGAGCACACUCACUUGGUAAAAGGUCUCGAUUAUGCCCUUCUUCAGAAAGUCAGGAGUGAAAUUCAACAAAAAGAAUUUGAGCAGGAGCAGGAGUUAGAAAGACUGGUUUCUGAAUCUGAAGAGAAAAAGAAGGAAAAAGAAAGAAAAGAUCUCUUAAAAAAAGAGGAGGAAGAGAUGAAGUUUAAAACUAAGCUAGGAAGAUCUAUAUAUCAUACAGUUCAAGUUUUAAAAUCAAGAACUAUUGAAAGGUCAGAUAUGUUUGUUCCAGGAAGAAUGGCUUAUGUUAUUGAUUUAGAUGAUGAUGCUGAUACAGAUAUUCCGACAACUUUAAUGAGAUCUGUAGCUGAUGUUCCUUCAUUCGAAUUGACCACCACAUUGUCAACAAAUGACAUAGUCAUUAACAAGCUGACGCAGAUUUUGAGCUACUUAAGACAAGGUAAUCGUAAAAAGAAUAAGCAUAAGCGAGCUUUAGAAGAUGCAAACGAGAAAGAAGAAGAAGAAGUUGAGCCGACUAAGAAAUCAUCAAAGAGGUCUAGUAACCAAGACGACUCAAUUUAUGGCGACAUUGGAGAUUAUGUGCCAUCGCGCAGCAGCCAUAAGCACAGGGAUCAUCAUAGAGAGUCUAGGUCAAGCAAACAUGAUAGAAAUUCUUACUUUGAUAAGCAGGACCAUAGGGAAUCUGUUGACAAUGCUGCCCCAUCAUACAGAGUUAACAAAUCAGCAGAAAUUCUUACCAAACUGCAACAAGAGCCUGAAGGAUAUGCUGAAUGCUAUCCUGGCUUGGAAGAAAUGAAUGAUGCUAUCGACGACAGUGAUGACGAAGUUGAUUACUCCAAAAUGGACCUUGGUAAUAAGAAAGGUCCUAUUGGUCGCUGGGACUUUGACACUGCAGAAGAAUAUUCCGACUAUAUGAACCAGAAGGAGGCUUUGCCAAAGGCGGCGUUCCAGUAUGGUCUUAAAAUGGCCGAUGGCAGAAGGUCCAGAAAACAUAAGGACAAGAAUGAAAAGGCUCACUUGGACAGAGAAUGGCAAAAGAUUCAAAAUAUUAUUCAUAAGCGGAAUUAAGAGAAACAUGGCUUAUAUGUUUGAUUUUGCCAAUGGGUAAAAAUAUAUACUAUAUAGUUUAUGCAAAAUAUUAGUGUAUAAUUAGACAUAGACAAAGAACUAACCCUGAUAGCAUGAAAUAUCUAUUAAAACAUUUUGUUAAAUAUUUAGA